UACAAGAGUCGAGAAGAAUAUUAUUUGUUUGGUCGUCUAAAUGUGCUUGUGUGCAGCGUGUGGGCAAGUAAAAAACAUCCAGUGCAGCGCCAAGCUAACGGAAAUUUGCAUCUGGAAGUCGAAAGCCUGCCAUCUAAAGUUUGCAAAAAAAAAAGAUUACGCAAAGCAAAUAAAUCGUACGAAACAUGGCGAAAGCUACAGAAUUAAAGCCACGCCUCAUGGCCGAACCGUUGCACAUACAGAGACUCGAGGCAGCAUUAAAUAUGCGUCCGUUUAUGGAGAUGGCUCGCCAGGCACUCAAGCAGCCAUUGAGCAGUGAAAGCGGUGAAGAUACUGCUACCGAGGUUGAGUGUAGCCAGGAGGCCUGCAUUGAUUCUGACGACUCCUCCACUAGGGUGGGCGUGGUAAGGAUGAAAUUAAAAAAGAAACGCCGCAACCGUCUCCUGGGCAGCAAAGAGGAGCGACAGAGCGUCAAGACGCAGAUAUACAAUUUUAAUGAUCUGACCAGCGAUCGGGAAUGGCUCUACGAUAUAAUACUUAGCGACACGGAGAGCGAGGAGCAGGUAAGCGAUGAGGAUGAAUACAUUAAUCAAAUGCUUCUCGAGCAUCUGCAAGAACAACGCCAGCGGAAGAACUACUACAAGAAGGCCACAAACGCUCAAUAUGCCUAUUAUGGCAGUGGCCUACUGUCCAAUCAUGACGUUUAUGCUGAACGCCAGCAGGCAACAGUUGGCGUGCGCAAGCGACGGCGUCGCACCAAGCAGGAGAUACUCUUGGCACGUUUGGCUGAGGCGCAGGCGGGGCCCAAACCUGUUAAACAGCGACGACGCGGGCGCAAGAAGCGCACGACAUUAGACUCGCCGGAAUCUGGCGAGGUGCCGCCCUCGGAGCUGGGCAAAUACAGUUUUGGUGACACGCUGCCCGCCAACGAUGAGGAUGAUGAGGAUAACGGUGAGGUGGAUUACAAGCGAGAACUGGCCAACCUGGCUCUAGACUUUCCAGAGGAGGACGAAGAAAUCGAAGAGGAGGUGGAUGUAGUAGGCGCGGCCGAUGGUCAAGUGACACGUGUUCGUCGUCGUCGCAAGAAUCCCGAAGUAUUGGCUGCACGCCGUCGCCGCAUCUGGCAAAUAAUGUCCAAAAAGGAGUCUGGCCGGCUGCAGCGCAUUAAGAGCAACAACCACAAAGAGAUGCUGGCCAACUGCAAGCGCGUGGCUGGGAUGUGCGCAAAAGUUGUGCGCCAGCGUGCACUCAACUCGCAGCGUAUCAUGAAGGAAACUGUGUGGCGUGCCAAGCGUCUUACUCGUGAAAUGCUCACCUAUUGGAAGCGUUAUGAGCGGGUAGAGCGCGACCAGCGUCGCAAACAGGAACGCGAGGCCGAGGAGCAACGCAAACAAGAUGUGGAGCUCAUCGAGGUGAAGCGCCAGCAGCGCAAACUUAACUUCUUAAUUACCCAAACGGAGCUAUACGCUCACUUUAUGUCCAAGAAACUCGGCCAGGGAACUGAGGCGGAUCAGCUGCGCAUACUCAGCCAACUGGACGAGGAGCAUAACGCGCGUCUGGCAGCCCACGAUGAUUACGACGCAGGCGAAAUGAAGCAGCUGGCGCAGGCCAAUGCGGAGGCAGCGUUGCAGCGCGAUUUGGACAAAACACGCGCCUUUGAUGUACCCUUUAAGAAGGAGCAGAUAAUGGAACAGCUGCAGGAGCUACAUCAGCCCCAGCUGGAGCGUGAACAAAUGAAGGAUCUGCCGCAACCCAAUAUGUUUAAGGGCACACUAAAAGGCUAUCAAAUCAAGGGCAUGACUUGGCUGGCUAAUAUCUACGACCAAGGGAUCAGUGGAAUUCUGGCCGAUGAGAUGGGCCUAGGAAAGACUGUGCAAUCGAUUGCGUUUCUAUGCCACAUUGCGGAGCAUUACGGAGUGUGGGGCCCGUUUCUGGUUAUCUCGCCCGCCUCGACCCUGCAUAACUGGCAGCAGGAGAUGGCACGUUUUGUGCCCGACUUCAAUGUGGUGCCCUACUGGGGAUCACCCAAUGAGCGCAAAAUUUUGCGCCAGUUCUGGGAGCAAAAGCACCUGCACACACGUGAGGCCAGCUUCCACGUGGUGAUUACUUCGUACCAGCUGGUUGUCAGCGACUACAAGUAUUUUAAUCGCAUUAAGUGGCAGUACAUGGUGCUGGACGAGGCACAAGCCAUCAAGAGUGCCGCCUCACAGCGCUGGAAGCUCUUGCUAGGCUUCAAUUGUCGCAAUCGUUUGCUGCUAAGUGGCACGCCCAUUCAGAAUAGCAUGGCUGAGCUGUGGGCGUUACUGCACUUCAUAAUGCCCACGCUGUUUGAUUCGCAUGACGAAUUUAACGAGUGGUUUUCCAAGGACAUUGAAUCGCAUGCGGAGAACAAGACGGGCAUAGACGAGCGUCAAAUAUCUCGCCUGCACAUGAUACUGAAGCCUUUUAUGCUGCGGCGCAUUAAGAAAGAUGUGGAGAACGAACUGUCCGAUAAGAUUGAGAUUAUGGUAUAUUGCCCGCUGACAAUACGUCAGAAGCUGCUUUACAGGGCGCUAAAGCAAAAAAUUCGCAUCGAGGAUCUGCUACAUGUUGCCCAAGGCGGAUCGUCAAGUUCUGCGUCAGCGGAUGGCUCUAUUUUGGAUCGUAACUUUACCUCGAACCUCAUGAAUCUUGUCAUGCAGUUCCGCAAAGUCUGCAAUCACCCGGAGCUCUUUGAAAGGCGAGAUGCAAAGAGUCCAUUCAGCAUGCGCUGCGCCGAGUUUGUUCUACCGCGCUUGGUCUUUAAUGAUGGUCUGCUUCACAGCGCUCUACCGAGUCGCAGGCACCUCCUGUAUAACCGCUUCAACAUAUUCAAGGCGGCGCACAUGCAAGGAUCCCUAUUCGAUGAUGUGCACGUUAAUAGUUGCUUCGGUUUUACCCGUCUGUGUGACUUAUCCUUGUCCGACAUGGAGGAUGUGACCUGGCACGGACUUAUCGAUUUUUUGUUGCACUAUCGUCGCGUGCUUGCCAGGCAACCACUACUUUCCUAUCGUCGUCAGUGGUGGCCAUAUCAACGUGCUCCACGUUACCAACUAUUAGAACCAGUUCUGGAGAGCAAACUUGUGCCGGAUUACUUACUUCCAAACAGUGUGCUAAGGGAAUUCAUUUUUACAGCAAUGACAUCUCGCGAGAGCAGCGUUUAUGCUUUUGGGGAUUAUAUCACUGUCAACAUGCAGGAAACGAUCGAGCAUCGUGUGACACGCUCCAAGAUACUCAAGGAGAAAGCUGGACUCAUCGAGACGCUCGUUGAUGCUGAUAGUCAAUCGGAGACGAAGGCAGAGCCGAGUAUAAACCAGGAGCUGGAACUGGAAUCUGUAGAGGUGCAGACGAAAUCGAAUACUAAGAGCGAUGUCAAGAUGACUACGUUGCAUUUGCUGCCCGAGUUCCCGCAUCGUCCGCGCAAGCCGCAACGCUAUCAAUGCGAACCGUUGCAGAUGCCACGAUUCCUCUAUGGGCUGGGUCAGCGUGUUCAGGCCGUCGAUAGGCAUUUAUAUUGCGAAAGUCGCGCCGCUGCCUGGACGCAUAUUCGCCACCUGCAGUGCGAAAAUAGCGUGGGCAGAGAGCUUGUGGGCACUGGCUUGGCGCUGUGCAAGCCGCGCAGCGGCUGGUCGUCGAUUGUGGUCCCUGAUAAGGAGACACUCAUAACGGAUGCGGGCAAACUGUUUGUGCUGGACAGUCUACUAACGCGCCUCAAGGCCGAGGGUCACCGUGUGCUCAUCUACUCACAAAUGACCAAAAUGAUUGAUCUACUAGAGGAGUAUAUGUGGCAUCGCAAACAUCGUUAUAUGCGCCUCGAUGGAUCUAGCAAGAUUUCAGCUCGUCGCGACAUGGUCGCUGAUUUCCAAACCCGUGCCGAUAUAUUUGUUUUUCUACUUUCGACGCGCGCCGGUGGCUUGGGUAUUAAUUUGACAGCAGCCGAUACGGUUAUCUUCUACGAUUCAGAUUGGAAUCCCACCGUUGACCAACAGGCCAUGGAUCGAGCGCAUCGCCUGGGCCAAACCAAACAGGUGACAGUCUAUCGACUCAUCUGUAAGGGCACCAUCGAGGAGCGAAUUCUACAGCGGGCGCGCGAAAAGAGCGAGAUACAACGUAUGGUUAUAAGUGGCGGCAAUUUCAAGCCCGACACACUCAAGCCCAAAGAAGUCGUCUCAUUGCUCUUGGAUGAUGAGGAAAUUGAAAUGAAAUAUCGCCAGGAAGUCAAGGAGCAGGUAAAAGAAGAGAUAUCCUCCUCUUCGUCACCCAUCACAACAGCAACAUCAAGAAUAUCAACGCCAGCUGCAAAUUCGAGUGAACGUAAGCGACGCAGGCCAAAUAAGGAGGCUAAUAUGGGCGGCAUUACGAUUCCGGCAAACGAAGAAGAUGGAGACCGAUGCAGCUCAACUGCCAAGCGCAUCAAACAGGAGGUGGACGAGAUCUCUAUUGACGUAGCCAUUGCCUCCUCCUCAUCCAGCGCCGGCACUGACAGCAAUAACCAAAUCAGCCAAGAGACUUAUGUGCCCGGUGCGAUGCGUGUGCAGAAACAACCACAGCUGCAACAGCAUCAGCAGCUUCAACUUGACGACGAUUCCGAUAAUGAGGCUUUGGUAGUGGAUGGCGAUAGUCCGACAGCGAUAUCCCAAACAGAAUCAAUGAACUUCCUGGGCGAUUUUGGCAGCAUGUCGAUGCGGCGGCGGCACCACCCGCGCGGCACGAAGCGCGGACGACCACGUGGCAGCACAAGACGCGGCGGUGGCCAUGGAUCGUUGCAGCGCGUGCCGACACCGACAUCGCCAGCGGUUGGAGCGUUGAUGGCGACUGCGACUGCAACGACCACAUCGCCGUUACCACAGCAGGAAACAGGCGGCGGCGAGACUGCAAGUGGCCUGCCCCUGCCAGCACACGAGGAAGAAAUAAAUCCCACUCUUAGCGGUCUCGUCAGCACAAUGGGCACACCGAGCACUUCGAUGGCCAAGCGCGGACCAGGACGUCCCCGCUCCAAGACAGCGACGCCUGUUAGUCGUGGUUCACGCGGCGCACCACGGGCACGCCGGCCAAUGGGGCCGCUGCUUGUGCCGCUUGGGCGCAGUCCAGAUGCCACACCCCCAGGAAGCAGUCCGGCCACAAGUCGUGCGCCUAGUCCGACAACGCAUGGAGAACGCGGCGCCGGAACACUCGAUUAACUUUAACAAUUCCAUUGCGAGCUAAUAAAAAAGGAGCAAAGCCCUCAUGUGAUGAUGCAGUUGUUGUUAAUAGCAUUUACUGGCCACAGCUUAUAUUGAAAAUUGUUAACUCAUGACAAAUCUAAUAAAAUAAAUCACUUUACAGUAAUAAUUAUAAUA